AUUAUUAAGCAGAUUGACAGGCGCCUACUAUACACCAAAAAAGAACUCAACAAACCCUAAUUGUUGAUGGCGGCUUACAAUCGAACUCAGUGAAAGAAGAAGAAAAUGCAGCGAUGGAGAAUUUCUGAAGCAGAUAGAAUCAGCCGUUUACCGGACGAAAUCCUCAGCCACAUUCUCUCUUUUCUAACCACCAAAAAGGCAGUUCGCACAAGCUUAUUGUCCAAGAGAUGGACUGAUCUAUGGCAAUCUUGCGACACUAUCGACUUCACCGAUAUUCAAGUAGAUUGCAAUAGAACUAAUCGCAAGUGUAACAAACUUGUCGAGUCCGUUUUGGCCACAACUGACUCUCGCAACAUCAACACUUUCCUUCUCGAAAUUCUGUACGGUCACCCUCAUUUUGCCUAUAAGGUCAGUUUUCGCAACGUAGUCAAAUGGGUUAACAUGAUUGUUCUUCAAAAUGAACUCAAAAAUCUUUGUCUUCAUCUAGAUGUGGAUGAAUAUGACGAUGAAGAUAACAACGAAGAUGAACAUUUUUUGCCUAAAUUGCCUACGAGUAUUUUCACUAGUCAAACCCUUGUGAGUCUCGAUCUGCGGCGGUUCUGUGUUAAGGGUUUUAAUUUUUCUUCAGUUGGAUUUGGAUUUCCGUCACUUAAAACACUUCAUUUGGAUGACGUUGAGUUUCCGAGAGGUCGGGAUUUCUUGUUGCUUCUAUCCGGAUGUCCAAUUCUCGAGGAUUUAAAACUGUUUCAAGUAUGUUUGCGUUGUUGGUUUAAUGUGUCUGUUGUCCUCCAGGAGUUUGAAAACUUAAGGUUACCCAAAUUGACAAGAACAAAUAUCAUUGAAUGUUUGUGGGACAUUUUACCCUUGGAAGCACUCUCUACUUCUAAGUCUUUGUGCUUAGAUACAUUACAACACCAUUUAGCAUUCAAGGCCCAAGCCCAGACCCAGGUUCCAUCCGAUGAUAUCCCUAUCUUUUAUAAUUUGACCCACUUGAAGCUUCAUAAUAGUUGGGAUUUGGUUGUACGAGUGCUCCACCACUGUCCCAAGCUUCAAAAUAUUGAACUUUUUGAGGAUAUGUACGGGGCAAGGGGGAACGGAGAUGAUGAUGAAGAAAGUUGUGAGGAAUUAGAAUUUGUUCCACAAUGUCUUUUAUCCCACCUAAGAAGUUGCACUAUUCAGAAUCUUGGACGCCUAGAGCGGGAUCUUAUAUUACCAACGUAUAUUUUGAAGAAUGCAAGAGUUUUACAAACCAUGAAAAUUAAAAUCUGGUACCGAAGUGAACAACCUGAAAUAGAAAGAAAAUUCUCCUUAUGCUCGAAAGCCUCUGCAUCAUGCCAACUCUUAUUUUAUGCCAACUUUUAGUUUAUGUCUAACAUAUAGACUAUGUAGGUAGCAGUUUUGCUAUUUUGUUUGUUGUUUCUUUAUCUGAUACCAUGAUUUGGUGAUUUGAAGUUUGAGCUAUGAGUUAUGGGCUAUUAUGAAAAUCACAACUUUGUCUCACAACAUGACACGAUACUUCUUAACGGUUUUUCAGUUUAUUUAUUUUUUUAAUUUGUUUAUUACUUCAACUUAAAAAUGAACCGUUUUGUCAUACCUGUUUCACUAAGAGGCAUGUUGCUUUCAUUUAUGUUUACAUGUCUAGUUGAUGUUUUGUUUUUGUAUAUAUACAUAAUAUAUUUUUGUAAAAGUUCUAUGACCCCGGUUUAAGGUUUAAAUGUAUGGCUUACACUUCAUAUUUUGGCAUACUAUGACCCUGGUUAUGCAUAAAGCAAAGGCAUGCUAUUCUGUUUAAUUCUGUCCAUGUGAGAUAUCGAUUCUUGUACAUAUUAAUUAAUGGCCGACACAUUAGUUGACUUGCAAACUGCUGUCAUUUGAGUUCUGAUGAUUAGAGAAAGAAAUGGAAAAUGUGAUGUAUAUGGCAAUGUUUAGUUGCAUGUUCUUAAUUGUCAAUGGCAAUGGAUAAAAGGCCUACAACAAGCAUACGAAAAGGAUUUAGCAUGCUAUCUCUGUGCUGUAAUGUUAAGUUUCUUCUACUUACUACUUAAUUUGUUUCUCAAUGGAGGGUUUACCUUGUUCUUCCAAUUUGUUUGAUGUCUCACGUGUUGCUUAAAUCAUUUACUCUUAGCAUUCUUCUUUCGCCAGGAAUUAUAUUGACUAAAGAUAUGCAUUUUGUCUCCAUCACCAUGCAAUUGU